UUUUAAAAAAUAUAGUAAUUUUAAAUAGGCAUGAUUGUAAAAUAUUUUCUAAAAUGGCCAAAAGUGUUACAUCUUCAAACAGUUCGUAAAUUUUCAAAAAUAUUUCGAAUAUGUGUGGUUGGUAGUGGACCUGCUGGUUUCUAUACUGCCCAACAUGUUUUAAAGAGUAACAAAGAUAUUUAUGUUGAUAUAUUUGAUAAGUCUCCUGUACCUUUUGGUUUAGUUAGAUAUGGUGUUGCUCCUGAUCAUCCAGAAAUUAAGAAUGUUUGUCAAACAUUUGAGGAAAUAGCUCGAAAUCCUCGAUGUACUUUUUAUGGAAAUGUCAACAUUGGUCAAGAUUUGAGAAUUUCAAAUCUUUCUGAAAUAUACUGUGCUGUUGUUUUAGCAUUUGGCGCUGAUGAUGACAAAAAAUUAAACAUUACUGGAGAGGAUGCUGAAGGUGUUGUAUCUGCACGUUCAUUUGUAGGAUGGUAUAAUGGUUUGUCUGCUCAUGCAAACCUUUCAGUGAAUCUAGAUUGUGAAACAGCAGUUAUUGUUGGUCAAGGAAAUGUUGCACUAGAUGUUGCUAGGAUACUUCUUGCCCCAUUAAAGCACUUAGAGAAAACUGAUAUUUGCAAACAUGCAUAUGAUGCGCUAUCAAAAAGUAGAAUACGACGUGUACACAUUGUUGGGAGAAGAAGUCCUUUAGAGGUAUCAUUUACGAUUAAAGAACUCAGGGAAAUGAUUAAUCUGGAAGACACAAUAGCCUUAUUUAAUCCUGAAGACUUUAAAAACAUUGAGAUGAUUGUGGAAGACUUACCACGACAGCGGAAAAGAAUAAUAGAUCUUAUGUGUAAAACAGCAACAUUGUCACAGAAACUAUUUUACUCAUCAAAAGAUAAUUCCCUAAAAGAUAAAAAGUUAUGGUCUCUUGAUUUUCUUAAAAAUCCUGUAAAAAUUCUUACAUCUGCUCAUAAGGUUACUGGAAUCAGGUUUGAAAAGAACAAAUUAGACACAAAAAAUAAUAUUAAAGUUGCUGUUGGAAUGGGUGUGUUUGAAGACCUUACAUGUGGCAUGGUUUUGCGUAGUAUUGGAUAUAAAAGUAUAAAAAUAGAUGAUGGUAUUCCAUUUGAUGCGCAAUUAGGAAUAAUUCCAAACAUUAAUGGUAGAGUAGUAGAGCGAGUCUCAUCAAAAGAUAUAGUUAAAGGUUUAUAUUGUAGUGGUUGGGUAAAACAUGGUCCAGUUGGUAUGAUAGUUACAACAAUGAAUGAAGCAUAUGAAACUGCAGAAAACAUUAUUAGAGACAUGAAAUCAGGAAUAAUACAAGAUAAAUUUGACACCAAUGUUGGAGAAUAUAUGAAAUUAAAAGGUAUCAAAUAUGUUUCAUUUGAUGGCUACAAGCAGAUCGAUUUCGAAGAAGUUCAGAGAGGAAACCUAAGCAAAAAACCACGAGAAAAAAUCGUUUCACUUAGUGAAAUGUUAGAUUAUGCAUUUAAAAAUAAUAAAUAAUAGUUUUAUAAA